AUGACGAUUCUGUAUACACAGAUAAUGAGGAAGAGCGAUUAUAGGAUACUUUCUGGAGAAUACUCUCCACAGAGCAACUCUUUGAAGCCGGGCAAUGAUGUAGUGAAGGAGCUAAGGGAUGCAGUGAAGUCUGUUCCGAGCGAAAGCAAGCAGAUGCACACGGUGAGCUGUUCGGAUAACAGAUUUAUGUUCUAUUUUAAGACGGCCUCUGGAUUGGUGAUUGCAGUGAUAGGAGAUCGGUAUGCAUCAUCCAAGCUUGAGAGCGGGUACAUGGAGCAAGUGAUCGGGAUGUUUGCGAAGAUGUACAGUGAUGAUGCAAAGGCCACAUACUAUGCGUUUGAUCCGACGAUCAAGAGUGUUUCUGAUAAGUUCAACAGGGACUCGAGCUAUGAGCAGGGAAUGACUGUUGUCAAAGAAACAAAAGGGGCGCUUGCUGAGUCUCUGAACAUGAUAACAAAGCGAGGUGAGAACAUCAACAACCUGAACAAGCUUGUUAGCAAGAUGGCUGAUGAGGCAAAGAUGAUGCAGAAGAACAUACACAGGAUGCAUCUUAAGAGUAUGCUCAAUGAAUACUGGAUAUAUGUGGCGUUGGCUGUGCUUAUGGUGAUGUUUCUGUACUAUGUAGCAUAUUAA